CCGAACCAUUUCGCCCUCUCUAAACCCUCUUUCUCUCUCUCUCUCUCUCUCUCUCUCUCUUUCGAUCUCGAUCUCUCCUCCGUCCCCGCGAAUAUGCUCCGAAUCCCUGAGACGGCCGUGUGCAAUAAAGCGCGCGACCAAACCCUAGCCCCGAAAUGGAGGGGGAGAGGAGGGCGAGGAGUUGGAGGAGGAGGAGGAGGAGAUUGGGCUCGCACCAUCGAUGCGCGGGGCAGGGGGGGCGGAGGCGAUGGAGGAGAGGGAGCGGGAGCGGGGGUGGGGGCGGGAGAGGCCGCCGACGCCGUACGCGCGGCCGCCGCCGCAGGUGGUGGUGGCGGCGUACGACGCCACCAGGGAGCACAACGAGCACGAGCUCCGCCUCGCCGUGAGCGGCGUGCUCCUGCGCGGCGACAUCCUCCGCGGCGGCGACACCCUCCUCGUCCUCGGCGUCCUCCACACCGUCACCAACCCCAUGGGUUACCAUACAAAAGCAUGCACCGAUUCGUUUGCGGGUACAAGUUCUCGCUAUCUGGAUGAGGAGGUAUUAAAGAAGGUCGAAUUUUACGAGAGUAGGCUUCUCGAUAGUGCUGAGAAGUGCAAAGAAGUGGGGGUAACCUUGAAAGUCAAAAUCACUGCUGGAACACCAACAAAAAUGGUUGUACUGCAAGAAGUGUUUUCUAGCAAAGCUUCAUGGGUUAUACUGGAUAGGCACUUAAGGAGAGAUCUUAAAUUUUAUGAGAAGCAUGUACCUUGCAAGGUUGCAUUAAUUCAAGACAGUUUAUCUGUGGAAUUGCUGAAGCCAUUUCACACAAAUGCCUCGAGAAAAGUUGUCUCAGAACAUAUGGCCUUUUGUUCCAAGGAUAGGUUUGUUCAGACAAAUUCAGACGAAGUGGAGAACGCAAAUUGUAAGCGGUCUAUUAUAUCUUCUGUGAGUUAUUUUGCUUCUCUCAGCUCUCAAGAUAGUUCUGAUAUCCUUGGCGGGAGUAUGACAUCUUCAUCCAGCUUAAGGUCUCAGAAUCAGAGUGUUAUAUCAUACGAGGAGAGCCAAUCAUCUAAGCAACUUGGGAAAUAUCCCGAUGGAGACCAUAAGAUAACUUAUGGUUCGCAGAGCCUGCGAAGCCAAGAUAGCUUCGCAUUCCAAUAUGAUUCAUUAGAAAAGCCAAUUCUUUGUGCAGUUUGUGGGCUGAGAUCAAUACUUUACAUCAAGGAGUCUAUGAAAUUCCGGUUUUCAGAGAUUCAAGCCGCAACUUCCAACUUUUCUGAAGAGAAUUUGUUAGGAGAAGGUGGAUUUGGUCAUGUAUACAAAGGCCAACUUAAAGAUGGGCAAAUGAUUGCAGCUAAAUUAAGGAAAGAAGCAAGUACUCAAGGAUAUUCAGAGUUCUUUUCUGAAGUGCAUGUACUUAGCUUUGCGAGGCACCGGAAUAUUGUCAUGCUGCUCGGUUACUGCUGUAAAGAGAACUAUAAUAUUUUGGUGUAUGAAUAUAUCUGCAACAAAUCUCUUGAGUGGCAUUUGUUUAGUGAAUCUGCAGACUUGCUGGAGUGGCAUAAGAGGCAUGCUGUUGCUGUUGGAAUAGCAAAAGGAUUGCGUUUCUUACACGAAGAGUGUCGUGCUGGUCCUAUAAUUCACCGAGACUUGCGUCCAAGCAAUAUACUGCUGACCCAUGACUUUGUCCCUAUGCUUGGGGACUUCGGCCUUGCAAAAUGGAAGACCAACAACGAUUCGUUCCAGACAAGAGUACUGGGGUCGACGGGAUAUCUGGCACCUGAAUAUGCUGAAUAUGGAAUUGUCUCUGUAAGGACAGACGUAUACGCGUUUGGGAUAGUUCUUUUUCAACUGAUAUCGGGCAAAAGAGUAUUAGAUGAACAAGAAGGACAGUCCCACCAUAUAUUGCAAUGGGCAGAACCGCUGGUGGAAAGUCUUGCAUUGCAUGAAUUGAUUGAUCCGCGCAUCGGAGACUCUUAUGACACUUACGCUCUUUACCGGCUGGCAAAAGCAGCAUUUCUUUGUGUUAGAAGAAAUCCCGAGCUGCGUCCAUCAAUGGGAGAGGUGGUACGCCUUCUCGAAGCAGCAGACGACCACGCCAGGCAUUUGACUCAGCAAUUCAUUCCCCACUACACAAAGUGAAGAAUUACUUGGUGGCAUCCAAUCGCCGCAAACGAAAUAUGAAGAUACCAAUCCACCUUAGUAUAGGUGGAUAGGUUACCUAUUAUGGAGCUAGAGAUCCCAAGCUGCAGCCCGGGUUUGCGUUUGCGCUGCUUUUGGUUUUAGGGUUUCUGGGGUUCGGGGAACCUACAGGCUGCGCCGCAAAGAAAAAAAAAAAAACAGAAGUUAUCUUCAGAUAAUUAUUGGUUUUUGAAGUUAGUAAUUCUCUUUUAUUACAUAUGUAGUACGAACUAAGAAGUUGAAACAUUUUGCUUUUAGCUUUCGAAACACGGGGCAUUUCUUAUUUUUGUGGAGUUAUUGAAGCCUUGGAAACAUUGUUUGGUUGGAAGUGUAGAUAAGGUCUAUUAUAAUAGGCCUCUUUUUGGCAUUUAGCUUCCUUACAAAUUUUUUUUUUUUUUUUUUCACAAAUAGCUUCAUAAGUUGAACACGGUGAAUCAUUCAGUAUUGAAACUAAAAUGCACUGCA